AUGACGUCUGUCGGGCCGGUCAAAGGCACAAAUCGAGGAUACGCGACGAGCUCGUACUUCACGUCGCCGGGUGGCAGCGUCCAUGGGUCCGCUUUCAGGUCUGCUGUGCUCUCAGGUCGCUUCCAUUCCAACCUCUUUCCAACCACCACCAUCACCAGCAGCAGCAUUAGCAGCAUCAGCAGCAUCAGAAGCAUCAGCAGCUGCGAUCCUCUCUCCAUUCUUCCCCAGGCGGUUCUUCCCCUCGUUGCUCGUCCCACCGCUCUAAUCUCCCACUCAUCCCCCUCUCCCCUCCUCUCACACUUCCUCCCCGUUGCACACUGUCGAGUCGAAACAGCCUCGGACCAGACCUCCCAGCCAUGGACUUACCAAGCCUCGCGCACAGGCUCGGGAACAGGUUUCCAAAAGGAGCAGAGCAACGGGAAGGGGAACAAAGCUUCCGGAACAGCAUCAGCAGCUUCUAAAGAUGACGAUGUUCGCGCUGACGUCAGUAGAUCUGCCAACGUCAUCACGGAACGAGUGGAUGGAAAGCUCUACACUGUGAAGCUGAGAUCUCUCUACUCCGCCUUCUGUCCACGUGGCAUGCUGAUAAUGGCUGUUAGAAACAGCCUUAUCCAGAUCCUACCCCUGUUUGCAGACUAUAUAGAGGCUCAGGCCCCCAGUCUGGAAGAGGAGGAGGAGGAGGAGGAGGAGGAGGAAGAAGGGGAGGCGAGGAGGGAGAGGGAGAGGAGGAGAGCAGUGGAAGCAGCGGAGAGGGAGAGGAAGAUUUCAGCUUUUCGGAAUAUGGGUGCAGGGCGGAUUGCUGCAGGGGCGGCGUGGCUGUCUCUCAGAGAGAUGGCGGUGAUAUCAGUGCGCAGGGCGCUGGAGCACUUCUAUGUGGCUCGAACCGUGUCUGCCCGCUGGCUGUGGAAGCUGACCAAGGACCCCACCCAGUCAGCCAUUCGCAAGGUUAACAGAGGUCUCACGGGCUCCCCUUUAAUCAAAUCCGUUACAAUCACCAACGUCAGAGCCCACUUCCUGAGCCCACUAUCCAGUGUAGCAGUGCAGCUUUUAACGGAUACCUUCACUGCCUUCCGCCGCCUGCUCUUCCCACCGCCGCCACCACCUUCAUCCUCGCUACAAGCCAGCCAGGGGCUCGCUAUAAGCCCUGUGAAGGCCACAGGAGUGCAGAUCGUGUGGCUAAUAAAGAGAACGCUCAGCUACUCUCUCAAGCUCGUGUUCUCGACUGUGUCUGGAGCGCUGCUAUCGGCUGUGUGUGUGCGAUACGUGGGGCCUUGGACCACAAGCUAUGCCUACAUCCUGGGAGACAUGCUUGUCUUCCAGACCGCCUCAUCCCUCAUUGAUCCUUUGCUCUUUGCUGCCACCACACUGGGGGGUGCUGCUGGGACUCCUGGUGAGGGGGGGAUCGGUGAAGGCUCUUCUGGGGAAGGUUUUACUGCGAGCACUGCUGCUUCUGGCGCUUCUGCCGCUUUUGCUGGUGGUGCGGGAAAUUUUACAAGGCUGUAG